AUGGAUUUCGCCUCGUUAAUGUCAAAAGAGAUCUCCAAGGCGAAAGGCUCAACCACACCAAGUUCAGGCUCAGAGCAGAACGGAUCCUCGAAACCCCCGCAGAAGAAAUAUGCCCGUCGCGCGGAUGAAGAAGCAGCCCGGGUCGCAGCCUACAAAGAGGAACAGGCACGGAUAGAGAAAGAGCGCGAAGAGCGCAUGGCGCAUAAGCGCAAGCUAGAAGAAGAAGAGGCGGAUCGACGACACGAGCGAGAGGAGAAAAAACGACGGCUUGCAGAGGAGUCACGAAAAAAGAGAGAGGAGGAGGAAGCUGCGAAGGAGCGAGAACGACGCAAACGAAUUGGGCUGCCUGAGUUGCCUCCGACACCUAGUGAGAAGGACGAGACACCGGAGAGAGAGGGAGAAGGCGGAAUGGAAGAUAUAGGUGACGAGGAACUUACAGAGAAACUUAGGGAGCUGAGUGAGCCGUCUCUUCUUUUCGGAGAGACUCACCGUGGUCGUUUACGACGGUAUCGGAAGCUGCUGGAGCGUUCUCGCGAGGUUCAGAAGAUGACUGACGGGCCGAUCCCGACGACGCUGGAGCCGGUUCCAGAGGUGGAAAUGAAGAUUCCGGAAAAUGUGCCCAAGGAUGCCGAGGGUCGCCAAUUCCUGCUCCGUCAGCUGGCUUCAUAUUUCAACAUGGUAUUGUUUGAGUGGGAGCUCGCGCUGGCGAAGCGAGAUGUGACGGUGAAGCAGAGUUUACAGGGACGACAGGCAUACAAUGCAAUGGUUCAGUCGCGAGAGAACAUGACGCCUCUCUUUCGCAAGUUCGAGAAGUCCGAUAUUGAUGAUAUCGUACUCGAGCACAUUGUGGAAAUUACACACAAAGCCCAACAAAGGAGAUAUGUCGAUGCUAACGAUGCCUACCUCCGCCUAAGUAUUGGCAAAGCAGCAUGGCCCAUUGGUGUCACCAUGGUUGGUAUCCACGAGCGUUCGGCACGAGAGAAAUUACAUCAGGGAGACAAGCAAGCGCAUAUCCUAAGUGACGAAAGCACACGCAAGUACCUCCAGAGUAUCAAACGAUGUCUCAGCUUUGCACAAACACGCUGGCCUCCGGACGAUCAGCUGCAGAUUAUGGGUUAG